AUGUUCUCUAUUGCCACUGCUCCGGCCAAGCAAUCGGUCGGUGAAACAAUAUCUGUUUUAAGCGGCCGAUUAAGUUCGGCGACUCUUUUGGAAGACCGACGAGCUGCGAUUUUAGGCCUUCGGAGCUUUGCGAAAGAGUAUCCGGCAUCAGUAGCUUCUGGAGCCUUGCGCAGCUUGAUCGGAAGUCUUUCAAAAGAUGGCGAGGAUGUAGAUACGGUCAAGGUGGUCCUUGAGACCUUGCUGAUGCUUUUCAACCCGAAUGAAACCAGCCUAGAAGCAUCAGACGAUAUUGCUCUUUGGCUUGCAGACGAAUUCACACAGAGGCUCGAAAACAUCACGUUGCUCCUAGACUUCCUCGAGACUAGCGAUUUCUACUCGCGACUUUACUGCUUGCAGCUUCUUUCGGCUAUCCUAGCCGCCCGAACCGACCGAACCGAAGAGUGUAUUUUCACUGCUCCUCUCGGAAUCUCGCGACUCGUUGCCAUUCUAGACGACCAGCGCGAUGUGAUACGCAACGAAGCAAUUGCGUUGCUAACAUAUCUGACGCCAACUUCGACGGAGAUUCAAAAACUUGUUGCAUUCGAGAAUGCAUUUGAGCGACUCUUCAAAAUUAUCGAGGAAGAAGGAGCCGUCUUGGAUGGCGGCAGGGCUGUCGAAGACUGUCUUAUUCUGCUAGCCAACCUUCUCCGGCUCAACGCACACAAUCAGACGCUGUUUCGAGAAUCUCUUUGCACAGCCCAGCUUGCGCGACUUCUGAAAGAUGUUGGGUCUCCGAAUGACCUGGACGGCGAGCUGGCAGACUGGACAUUGGCACAACGGAACCGAAAUAUAUACGCUUUACUGGCCGUGAUCCGGCUAUUCCUCGUUCAAGGUGCUACUGGAAUCGUACAGAACCAGACCGAGUUUUGGCGGCACGGGGUUCUAUACCAUGCCUUACAGCUGUCUUUCAACGAUUACUUCGAGAACCAAAUUCGUGCAGAGCGAGCUAUUGACGGGCACAAUUCAGGUGCUGACGAGACAGCCAAUGUAUUAACGACACUACUGCGAUCCCCGGCAGAUUCUUCGUCCAGCGAUCCCUAUCGCAACUGGUUUGCGUCAGUGAUUAUGUUUCACCUGGUUAACGAAAAUCCAAGAGCCAAGGCUCUUGUGAUGGCUGUGACAGAGGGAGAUGAGGCAAGUGGCGAGGAAGUUGUCACUAGCAUACAAACUAUUGCGGCACACCUUUUAAGCAGUGUGAACAGGGGAGACGAUGAGCGUGUUGUGAUUGGCUACUUGAUGCUACUGCUUUCAUGGCUCUUCGAGGACUUGGAGGGUGUCAAUGACUUUCUAGGGGAAGGGAGCAAUCUACAAGGAUUGAUCCAAGCGGUGGUCAAAAACACCAGCAACGAGGUUGCUAUUCAAGGGCUUGCGGCUCUACUCUUGGGUGUUCUCUAUGAGUUUUCCACCAAGGACUCGUCAAUUCCGAGGAAAAAGCUGCACGAGAUUUUGAUGUCGAGAAUGGGCCGCGAUCGGUACAUCAACAAGCUCAAUACUCUCCGAGCGUACUCACAACUUCGUGAUUUCGAGGUAAUACCCCAAAGGCUGGAUCCGCAGACAGACGAGAAGCUUCCCAAUGUGUUUUUUGAUGGCGCUUUUGUCGACUUUUUCAAAGACAAUUACAGCAGGCUGCUGCGCGCCAUUGAUAAAGACCCAAACAUGGAAAUUUCGUUUGUGUCGAACGGAGUUCAACAGGGCAUCUCUCGUGAGUUGGUUGACUCUCUGCGUGCUGAACUUGGGGAUAAGGACCGAACACUGCGCGAAGCCCAAGAUAGAAUAUCCGCCCUGGAAAUUGCUCUCGGCCAAGAGAGGGCAGAACACAAGAAAUCGAAGGAUGAAGCGUUCUCUGACCUUGGCAAAGCCAGAGCGGCACAUGAUAUGGCUGUUCGUAAGCAUGAGGAAAUCUUACGACAAGCUCGCAUAGAGCACCAGACAAGCCGGGCUGACCUGGUGCGUCAAAUGGAGGAAGCGCAAAAGGCCUCACAGGCCGAGAUGGCACGCGUGCAACGUCGGCUCGAGGCGCAAUUGGCAGAUCUUCGAGCAACGGGGAGCCGGUUGGAAGUGGAUUUGUUAAAGUCAAACAAGAGCAAAUCACAAGAGCUUCAGGCUGCUCACGAUAAGUUCAACGUGCAGAAAAACGAUAUGGAGACUGUAGCCGCCGAGUUAAGGAGGAAAGUCAAAGACCUCGAGACCAAACUGGCCGCAGCGAGCAUACAAGAAGCUGAGCUUCGGGAAAUAAUUGAGGCCGCUGAAGAGGAUAACAUGAACACUCGUGAGAAGCUGCAGGCCGCUGAAAAGGACGUUGUUAAGACCCGCGAGAAGCUGCAAGCCGCCGAGAAAAGGCUUAAAGAAGCGGAAGACGCACUACAAGCAACCCGUGAAGAAAAGAAGGCGACGCAAACCGAGUUGGAUGACUUAUUAAUGGUAUUUGCUGACCUCGAAGAAAAGUCGGCAGGCUACAAGGCUCGUUUACGCCAACAUGGCGAGUCAUUAUCCGAUGAUGAGGAUGGCUAUGAGGACGAGGAUGAAGACGAGGACGAGGAUGAGGGUGAGGACGAAGAUGACGACCACAAGGACGAUGACGUUGACUGA